CCCACCUCCCACCGCACACGACUUGGGCUUGCUGGCUGGCUUUGUCUGCUGUCUCUUGUGCGUCGCUCUUUGUACGUCAGCCACUGCACAUCCUUCCCUUGCGCACGUACACACACACACGUACACGCACGUACACGUACACACACGCGUACACACGCGUACACACGCGUACACACACGUACAUACACACGCACACAAGCGGCACGUGUUGGGGACAAUGGGCAGCGCACCAAAAGUGUACCUGGACAUUGAGAUCCGCCCGGAUGGGGUGGACGCAUGGUUGGAGGCAUACGAGCGGGCGCGCGAGUUUGUCAGGGCAAAAGGCGCAAUGUAUGGCACCGGCGCAGCGAUUGAGGACCUGGACGCAGACGGCAAGGAGAUGCUGGCGGAGAUCUACGCUGCAGACGCGGAGUGGUCUGCAAAGGGGGCAGCGCGGUUCGAUACACCGCCAGAUGUUCGCGCGGGCCGCCUGGUGAUUGAGCUGUGGAAGAGCAAGGUGCCCAAGACGGCAGAGAACUUCCGCUGCCUGUGCACGGGGGAGAAGGGUGCUGGCAAGGCAAGCAAGAAGCCACUGCACUUCAAGGGCAGCCGAUUUCACCGCAUCAAGAAAGGCUUUAUGGUGCAGGGCGGCGACAUUGUGCGCGGGGACGGCAGCGGCGGCGACUCCAUCUACAACGGCAAGUUCAACGACGAGAAGCCCGGCCUGAAGCUCAAGCACGACAAGCGCGGCAUUGUCAGCAUGGCCAACAGCGGCAAGAACACAAACACGUCCCAGUUCUUCCUGACGUUUGCACCGGCCCCUGCCCUUGACGGCAAGCAUGUUGCGUUUGGCCAGGUGGUGGAGGGCAUGGAUGUUCUGGACAAGAUUGAGGCGACGGCGCCGCAGGACGGCCAAGACGCCGCCCCAACGGCAGCAGUCAUCAUUGCAGACUCUGGCAUGUGUGCAUAGCUAUUGUGGCUGCGUGUGCAUACGCGUGUGCGUGUGUGUAU